AGGGGCCUUGGUGACCAUUUGGAUGCUAACAGCUGCUCAGACCGAAGCAAGAUCUGAGAGCUGCUGCCUGCGUCCAUCUUUGUGAGUCAACAUAUUUGAAGCAGAGGCAAACCCAUCGCCAACUACAAGAACACUGAGAACCCACUUAGAACAGGGAAGAAGGGAAUCAGGUGGUUUUAAGGACCUUGCCAAGGGUUGUUUAGUUUACUAAUCAUGAAACGCCAUUAUGUUGACACUGGGAAUGAGAAGGAUCUGCCCUAUAGCAAGGCUCCGUGCCAACCUGCCGAGGAAUUGGAUGAUGUGAACUGGGUACCUUUUUGGGAGCAGGCAGGAGAUGUGAAGGAAGAAGAACCUGCCCCUGUCCCCGGACCUUCAGUAAACAGAGCCCAAGAUGCUGGUGUGGAGUUCAAGGUUCACAGUCAGCAGGGGAGGAGUCGAACCCCCUCAGUUUACCAGUCUUGUUCACAGUAUUACUCUUGCUUCUCUUCAAUAACCAACCCCGAGGACAACAAGUCCCAGCCAAACACGUACGCCUUUUACACCCGGGUGCAAACAGUCCAGGGCGUGGCUGUGGCCUGGGAGACAGAAUCUGGGUUUGAGCCGGUUGGUAUUAGGCCUCGAGUAAGGGAGGCCGAAUUCACUGAGAGGCAGAGGAGGGAUGGCUCUCCCCUGGAAAGCAUUUCUACUAGCGACCUGGUCAGUGAGAUUGAUUCUUGGGAGGGAGAAGCUGCUCAGGACUGGGAAGAGCCUGAAAUGCCAGUGCCAGAUGGUACCCAAGAGAUCAGGGAGACACCUGACUGGCUAAUCACCACCAACUAUGGCCUCCGCUGCCUGGCCUGUUGCAGGAUCUUCCCCAAUUUGGAAGGCCUCCUACACCACGCCCAGCAUGGGAUCAAGGAGGGCUUCAGCUGCCAUAUUUUCUACCGGGAAAUGCUUCAGAGAAGACAAUCCCAGAGUCAGCUGCAGGACCAACCGCCAGAGGACCAGGAUCAGGGCCAGUCCCAUAGUAGUGAGCCUAGCAGAAAGCCUCAAGAAAACCAAAUCUUACCAGGACUUGAAUGCUUAUCAGCAACAGCAGCAAAUGAGAAGUAUCAAAGGAAGUCCUGUGCCAUCUCCAAGGGAAUGGAUCAAUACAGAGAUCAAGAGCAGAGCUAAGAAAAGUGGAACAAACAAAGAGAUCGAGAGAAGAUCCACGAGAAUGGUGAAGAGAACCAAGGAACAUGAAGAGGACCUCAGCAGUGUCUUUAGGCAGGAACCACCCUUCACACUCUGCACAAUUGGAACAGAGAGCAGAGUAAAAGAAUGGACAAGAGAUACAGGCUGUACGACUGUCCAACAGGAGCUUUCUGGCUAAAAAGGGUGAUGGAGUGAGUCAAAAUGCAUGUGGUCUCUUCCCAAUUACAAGGCCACAUACAAAAAAAAGGACUGGCCUGAAUCUGAUGUUAAGAACAUAAAUGGCUGGUUUAAACUCAUGACUCAUUCUCUCCAUCUCUCUCAUCCUGACCUGUACAGCCCCAUGUUGUCAGAGACACCUCUUUGAACUUCCAUUCCCAUACAGAAUCCUACAGAGCCUGUUAUUGAAUUCAAACAUUUAUUUAUUAAGCCCAAAUUUGGAUGAUAAGUCCUGUUGUUGGUACCUAGUAGAUCCUGUUUGAAAAUACAAAUACCAUAAGCAUUUUAUAGGGAAAAUGCAAAAAUAAAAAUUUAGAUAUAAAUAUUUAAAAUAUAAAGGUAUAUAAAAUACACAUCUUAGGAGGCUAUAAGACAUUAAACUCAUUUAUACUAUGUUGUUGAUAGCUCACGAGAUCCAUGUUUUUCCUAUCUUUGCACCAGGAUGGUCGUGAUUGGUUGAUUAGUGACUUUUGUACAACAGUAGCCUCUCUAACAUUACACUUGUUCCUAGAGUUGGACCUCUUUUGGGAGAGUUGAGAAGGGAAAAUAAGCCUACUACAACUAUUACCAUUCAAUGUCAAAGGCAAGCAUCUUGGACAACUACUCAACCAACACAUUUAUUAAGCAUCCAUUAGAAGAGCAGUUUCAAAGCUAUCCAUUUGGAUGUCUAAUGUGAUAUGUCUGUUCCUAUUCUUAUUCAUCUUAACAGCUUCACACUUUAAAAUAAAGUUAACCUUGCCU